AUGUAGAAAUAUUGUAUUGAUAAAGAUAAAUUUAUUUGGAUAUUGUUAGCCUAGAAUGUAAAGAAUCAAUAGCUAUUUAAUAAAGAGAUAGGAUUGAAUGAUAAUUGUAUAUAUGCCUUGGUAAAUCCAGAAUAUGUAUAGAAAUAUGAUGAUUAAUCUAGUUGGUUUCACUAUAAGCAUGUCUUAUUGCUAUCUAUAGAAUGCUAAAGAAAAAAGAAUAUAAAAUUUCAUCAUAAUUUCAGAGAGAUUUACAUUAUUUAUUGACACCUGAAGGUUAAAGAAAUGAUGUUAGAUUUGGAAUAGAUAACAUUUUAAACUAAAAGAUGUUAUGUGUAUUUCUCUCUCCUGUUAGUGAAGAAUAAUAGAGUUGCUUUGAAUUAGAUGAUUUGACAAACCUAUACCAAUAUUGUAAUAUUCCUCAAAUGAUCAAGUAUUACAAAAUAAGUGAUGAAGAAUUGAAAGUUGAUAAAGAUGUGAGAGGAGCUGUUUAUAAUUAAAUAGCACUUAAAAAGUUUAAGUGAAUAAAUAAAUAUAU